UCCCUCUCUGAAGAACCUCCCAUGGCGGACAUGGAUGAUGCGAAACGCAUCCACCAACUCAACGGAGCUUUGUACCGUGCUCUGAUGAAGAAGAAACCCAAGGAUGUGCUGGGUUGCUUCAAAAGCCUUCCAGAUGACGAAGGUCCAUUGUACAAAAUCACCAUACAUAAAGACACCGUUCUCCAUAUGGCCUGUUACUCCAAGCAGCGUGAUCUCGCGCUCGAGUUACUGCAACUGUUGCCCCCCAGUCUUAACCAGCGACUCGCCAACACUAAAAACGAUGUGGACAACACUAUCCUCCACGAGGUAGCCACUUACAACGCCAUGACUGACGUUGCCACUGAAAUAUUGAACAGAGCUCCGGAGUUGCUUACUGCUCGUAACAUCCUUGGAGAGACACCUCUCUUUCGGGCGGUCCGGUACGGGAAAGAUGAAAUGUUCAAGCUACUAGCUGAGAAGCUUGACCGAAUGGAUUUUGAAACUGAAGAAGAUUGUAAAGCCUGUUUGCGGAGGAAUGAUGGAACAACUAUUCUCCAUAUUUCCGUAUUUACCGAGAAUUUUGACAUGGCGCUGUUGAUUGCGGAAAGAUAUGGAGAUUUAAUUAGCGCCUGGGACUCUAACCAAAUGACGGCUCUUCAACAUCUAGCAUGCUGCCCAUCGGCAUUUCUCAGUGGAUGCGAACACGGACAUCUGAGGCGAUUCAUCUACUCUUGUAUAGUAUCCUUGUUCUCUUCUCCACUAACUGGAUUAAUUAAGUUCUUUUGGCACUGUUAUAAUUUUCAUAAGGCUUUCAGAAUGUGCCCAAAUACUUUGAAAAGUUGUUAAAAAAUCAGAAGAGGGCUUGUGGUCCUUGCCUUGGUAUAGCUUUGGCUUACGUUCCUUUUGGUAAUAGCAAAUUGAAUAUUAAUGCCUUUUCUUUUCUCUUCCUUUUGACAGAGCUAAGAAAAGGUUUUC